AUGGAUAUGGCGUUGGAUGCAUCCAUCCGCACCUUGGACGCGCAUCCUGCGACAAAGAUCGACCGGCGCACCAGCCAUGAACACGGAGGGUGGCGCAGCGUGUACGAUGGAAGUCACCCACGCACCGGACGAACUCGACACGGACCUGCUCGACGCCGCCGACAUCAAGCUGCAGAAGAACAAGUACCAGCGCGAAAAGCAAGGCAAGUACCGCCAACAGGAGCACGCGCUGCGGGCGCACUUGCGCCGCCGUGUUGCCGAGUUGGAAGCGAUGUUACUUCGAGUGAAACGACGAGGCAGUCUCAUGCUGUCGUGGGAAGAUAUUGCGAUCACCAUGCGCGAGGCACGCGACGUCGCCGUCGUCGAAAACCACCGACUCCACCAGCAAAUCCAACACGUCCGAACUCUCAUGAACGACAUGAGGCGAUGGGUCCAAUCGACUCGAACGGUAUCUCCCUGUCAUGCCAACGCGACGUGGCGCAACUUCACAUUGCUGCGGCACCCCGAGUCCCGCAAGGUCGGCAUGGAAUGGAUUACACAGCAGCUAUACCACAACUUAGACAACGUCCAGAAGCAGUACGGGUUUCCGCCCAUGUUCUCGACGGUCACCGAAGAUGAUCUGAAUGUCGUGUUCGACGAUGACGGGUGCUACCAGUUCAUUCGGCGGCACGAGCUCUUCAUGCAGCACUCGCUCGACGAACUGCGCGGCGUCAUGCAAGCUGACAUUUGGCAAUUCAUGAUCAAUUAUGCCCGCCUGCACGUUUGCAGCGACACCCCACACGUCGCGAUUCGCCACCAGACACUCGACGGCGCGUACGAGCAAAGCAACUUUCUCAGCCGCGAAUUCAUCGACGGCGACCGCAUUGUGUACGUGGGGCAGCAAAUCCACGAAGACGAGGACGCGCCGACGAUGAAGCUCCAGCGCCACCGACACGUGUGGUACAUCUUGCAGCGCAUCUCGCCGACUGUGACCAAGAUCCGCAUGUUGUUUAUCGUGUCGUCCAGCUUUUCCAAGGACGGGAAAACCCCCCUGUGCGAAGAAGCGCGAGGAUUCUGGGACCUCGACCUCCACGGCCUCGACGAAGACACCAUGCAGCGCAAGUUCCGGCAGCAUGCGCUCGCCGUCUGCGACGUCAGGCACCACCAACGCCUCGAUCAGUACUUGGAGUCUGUCAACACGUACCUUCGCGAGAGGGCCACGAUGCGGAAGACAGACCUUUGACGGCUGAACGAGGGCAGCAAUUGAACAGAGGGGGUACCCAAGGUGAAAAGCACGCAGAGUGCGCAGCACGGAGGCGUCAUGCCAGGCCAUGGAGUGCCAGUCAUGGUCUGCGCCAUGACUUGCUCUCUGCCCGCACACACUGGCCUUGCGUGGCACCGAUGACGCCGCGCCUCGACAAAUCCAAACACACCGCUCGAAUGCAUCGGUCCCGUGCGUCCAAGCAAUGCUGUGAGUGGGAAUCUCCGUCGCAGAGAUGUUGCUCCUGCACGUCCUCCUUCGGAGGUCCAAGCAAGUGCCGGCAGAGUUCGCGGGGCUCUUCACCAUGGCACGACAGAGCUUCGAGUUCAUUCAAUACAGCCAUUACGUUAGACAAAGCGAGCGGCGCCACUCGUACGAACGAAUGUCUUGUGGUUACGGCGCUUGGCGAUAGCAAAUAUACGAGCUGCA